AUGGCGAUAGAAGAUGAAACAAGCGAGAGUGCUUCUAGACGUGCGAAUGUACCAGUUGCACCAGCUAUUUUCCCUACGAUAGAUCACAAUCAUCCUCUAUUCCUUCAACUGACAGAUACUCCAGGUAGCUCAUUUAUCUCUCUUCAGCUAACUGGAUCGGAUAACUAUGCUUUGUGGAGUCGAUCUAUGAGAAUAGGCUUGAUUGUUGAGCACUGUAGUGUAUGCUUCCAAUGCCACAAGGUAUGGGAAGAUCUGAAGGAAAGAUUUGACAAAGUGAAUGGAUCUAGGGUUUUGUACUUGCAUAGAGAGAUCUAUACACUAACACGGGGAACAAUGAGUGUAGCUGAUUAUUUCUCGAAACUAAGAGAUCUAUGGGAUGAGUUUGAUGCACUCAUGCCCUGUCCUAGUUGUCCUUGUUCAGAGUCAAAGAAAUAUGCUGAGCACUUUGAAUAUCAUAGGUUACUCCAGUUCCUUAGACUGAAUGACUCUUAUUCUCAACCUAGAAGCCAAAUCAUGAUGAUGACACCAGUGCCCAGCAUUAACAAGGCAUAUUCUCUCCUUAUGGGUGUGGAAAGUCAGAGAAACCUGGAAAACUUUACGCAAAUGGUGCAAGUAACAGAAGCUAAUGACAGUACUGCUAUGUAUGGCAACAAAAAUCCAAACUCUGGCACUGGACAGUUUAGAGCUCAGAAGAAGACACUGAUUUGUGAUUAUUAUGCAGUUUGGAGGUUUACAGGGUGGGACUCCUACUACACCUGGUUUUCAGUCUCACCAAAUGCUGAUGAAUGCUAUGAAGGCCCUUCUGCCAGAGCUGCAACUGCAGGUAAACUGUUAGCUCUGUUAUCCAAUUGUGCUAAUCCCAAUUGGAUAAUAGACUCUGGAGCCUCAAAUCACAUGACAUCCACACUAGAAAUGUUAAGUUCCUAUCAGUCAAUUUCCUCUCAAAAGGGAAGUAAGGUUCACCUGCCAACAGGAGUUGUUGCCUUUAAUACACAUAUAGGAAAAACAAGAGUGCUUAACAAUCAGGAGAUCAACAAUGUAUUGUACAUUCCAGAAUUUAAGUACAAUCUACUGUCAGUGUCUAAACUGACCAAAGAGUUGCAGUGUCUUGUGGCAUUUUUUCCUGACUUCUGUAUCUUCCAGGAUCUCUACAGUGGUCAGGUAAAGGGGAUUGGUAAGGAGGACAAGGGAUUGUACCUGCUACAAGGCAAGUCAUUACUAGGUGGUAUAUUCAAUCAUGAUCCAGCUCAACAAAGGAAUAAAAGUGUGCAGCAAGAACCUGAGGUGAAAUCUGUAUAUAAGUCUACUAGAUCUGAGAAUAAGUCUGCUUGUAUGGCUAGUGAACAGUCUGAAUCUAGUAUACUGUGGCAUAAAAGAUUAGGUCAUGCACCUAUAGAUGUAAUCAAGAAGUACACAACUCUAAAAGAUUUGAAGGAUCAUCACACACACUGCACUGUCUGUCCUUUAGCCAAGCAGACAAAGUUACCUUACAAGCUAAGUACUACUACUUCAAAUGCUAUCUUUGAACUAAUUCAUUGUGAUUCUGAUACAGUGGUUGUCCUCAAAGAGUUUCUAACAAAGGUGAAGAAUGUAUUUUCCACUGCAGUUAAGACUCUCAGAACUGACAAUGGUAGUGGAUUCUUUAACCAAGAAGUUCACAGUUUACUGUCAUCCCUGGGCCUCAUUCAUCAAAGUACAUGCACCUAUACACCUCAGCAAAAUGGAGUUGCUGAGAGGAGGCACAGGACUAUUCUAGAAGUGGCCAGAGCUUUGAGGUUUCAAGCUGUUGUGCCUUUGAGAUUCUGGGGAGAUUGUAUAUCUACAGCUGUUUACUUGCUCAACUGA